AUGUCGGAGGUGCUGGUGGCUGCCGCCGGCUCCUGCUUCGAGCCCCCCGCGGCUGGGGAGCCGGGAGGCCGCCGCUGCUCCGUGUCCGAAGGGGACGCGCAGGGCCGCCGCUCACCUCCUGUUCCGCCUUCUGAGACUCCAGAGAAUGAAGAUUCAGCCCCAAAACCAGAAUCUGCAUCCCAGACAAUCGCCUCAUCAGUGUCCGAGGCCUCACAGUGCAGGCCGCAGAUUGGAUCACCUGUGAAUGUGCAUGCUGCAGAGGAUUCUAGAAAAGGUGAUGGUACGUCAGAGGACCAGGAUGUGGCCGGACAAGGAGAGAAGCUGGCAGACCAGAUCCAGCCCCCCAGGGAGGAGGCCGUAGUGCGGAUGACUAAGUACCGUGCCCCACAAGGACCAGGGGAUAUAGUCAUGAUACAGUCGGAACACACAGGUGCAGUGGAUGUCCUCUCUGCAGAGCUGGAGACUGCGGACCUCCUUGGUGAACAGAGAAAAGCUCAGCCUCCUCCUCUGGCUCCAGCCUCCACUUGGACCACUUGCAAGAUAAGGGAAUUCAAAGCCAAAAUGGGAAAGGAGAAGAAUGCUCAGAUAGUGGUGAAACGGGGUGAAGUAGUGACAGUCCGGGUGCCAACACACCCAAAUGGGAAGCGUGUUUGCUGGGAGUUUGCUACGGAUGAUUAUGACAUUGGCUUUGGGGUCUAUUUUGACUGGACUCCUGUCACCAGUACUGCCAUUACUGUUCAAGUCAGUGAAUCAAGUGAUGAGGAAGAUGAAGAGGAAGAAGAUGAGAUCGAAGGACUCACCCCCGUUGGAGAUGUGGAGAGGGGCUCUAAAAGCUAUCUACGAAACCGCUAUGGGGAGAUCAUGCCUGUGUACCGAAGGGACAGUCACCGGGAUGUGCAGGCAGGCAGCCAUGACUACCCGGGUGAGGGCAUCUACCUGCUCAAAUUUGACAACUCUUACUCCCUCCUGCGCAACAAGACUCUCUUCUUUCAUAUCUAUUACACCAGCUGAAGGAGUGGAGGGAGCAGAGACAGCAGGCAGGUAACACUGACCAAAGCAGGCUGCCAGCCGGGACUGGCACCCCCUAAUUGGCACUGCCCUAUGGCCAAGUGAGAGACCUGGCUCUCUGCUCUCCUGUGGAUAAGAACAGGUUUUCCCCCAUUCCCUCCCAGCUUACUCACAGGAAACGGUAGCUGUGGCUGCUCAGUCGUCCAAAGGCAACUCCUCUCGCUCUAAAUUUCAGGAAACCUGCUCUGUGAAGGCAUCAGGCUGGGACUUUUAAUUACAGCCAGUAAAUUGUCAGAGCGCAGAUUCAGGUGGCAGCGUUUCUUUCUGUUGCACUUGUAUAACUGAAGCUGAAAUACCCUUUUAUUUAAAAAUCCGCAAACUCUCCUGCGGUGGUGUAGUUAUGUCACAAGUGCCAGACCUAAUCGCGUGAAACCUUUAUUUUGGAGCCUUGCAGAGGUAAUCAAUAAGAAGAUCUCCAUAGGAAAGGGAAAGCAGGUGUGGCUGGGGAGGUGGAUACAGAUCAUCCUGACAGUGGGGAUGUGUGAAACUCCUGUCACCAACAAAAGUUUCUCUUACCUGUGGGGAAAAUUGAGCUGCAGCCUCGUGUGUUAAUGUAAAACUGUUAACAAUCCCAGGUCAACACACUUUGAAUCUGAAAAAUAUGGGAUCAGCCUUUCCCUUAUGUACCCGCCUGGAGUUAGAGAGUCCCUGAAGUCAUUGCUAACUCCUAACACAUCAGGGAAUGCAGCUCCCUGGCCCACCUCAGGGGUUAGCAAUGACACUGGUGGUCAGCCUCUGCUCAGCUCUUGGCAGGAAUAAGCAAGGAUCGCAGUUGGGUUUUAAAGGGUAUUUAUUUGUAACUCUUUAAGAUUCGAAAUGAGUAUUUAUUUGAUUUUAUUCAAUAACAUUCCCCUUCAAUGUAGCUGCUGAAUUUGCUCUGUGGUGCGUCUGUUUGGAGUUAGACUGGCUUUGUGCAUGAUGAUUCUGGUGAAGUUCCAGUCUGACACCCUCCAGAUAUUGCCCUUCUGUGCAGAUACAGCCCUCACUGCAGAUGGGGUUAGUGUUGUCGUGUAUAAAGUCAGUCUUCACCCUCCGAAGAAGCCCAGUAAUUCCCUGGUGAUUCCAUACGCCUUGAUUCAGACCCUUCUUUUUAUCUGCUCUGCCUACUUAAGCACUCAGGAGCAAUGGGUAGGUCAGGGAGGUAAGAGCAGAGGGAGGUGUACAGUUGAGCAGCCCUUGUUAGUCUGCUGCUUCAACAGUAGUGGGUGGGGAGGGCAAGGCAGCCUUGGCUCAGGCAACAUGUGUUUUUGUUUUUCAGGAGAGGAAGGGGGCAGGGAGCACUACUGCUGUGCUAAAAGAGGAGGGAUGAGAAGCAGGGCUGCUCCACCUUUAGGAAGCACAGAGACAAGGAGGGAGCAGCUGUAGCUCUUUUUCUCUUCCCAGGAAGGGAGAGGGGAGGGAAGAGCAGAGUGGCCCAGAGCUGGAAGGUAAAGUAGCCUCCUAAUUCCAGGUAGCAUCAGUGGAGGUGCCCUGCAAGGAGGAAGAGAAGCAGGUAUUUUUUUUUUUUUUUUUUAAGGGUUAGGGCCCUCCCUUCCCUUCUGAGCAGCCUGGGCGGGGGCUCCUCUCUCCCUGACCCCCUAGCAGCCUGGGCAGGGGUGCCUGCUUCCUCCCCAAGCCCUCUUUGAAGUGCCAGGGCAGGCACCUCCCUCUCAAGUUGCUUCCAUCCACAACCUCUCUUCCUCCUCCCCUCCCCCCGGGCCUGAUCAGCUAAUGCAAGGAACCCCUCUUUUACUCAGUCUGGCUCUCAACUUCCUAAACAACAGAUGUGGAGCAGAGUCCUGCCCCAUACCUUAAAUAUUCUGCUUCUGACUGUAAAUCUCCAUGUCCCCUGUUCUGCCCUCCCCCCAGCUGUGCAAUGCAUCAGUGACUGCUAUGUAUUUGGCCCUUUGCUACAUAUUUUGGAGGGUCCUGCAUGCAUCUGGAAGACUAGAGGAAUGAGUGAUGCACUGUCUAGGCCAUCAGCUGCUGUCUGAAACAGGACUUAGUAAAUAAGGAAGACACGUCUGACCUGUAUAUAUACCAGGUAUUCUAGAGACUGCUGAUGUCAUUGAUUUUUCAUUUGGAGAGCUCUACUCAGGGCCAGUGUUCUAGAACUGUCUCCAGGAUAAAUUGUUCCCCUUUAGCCAAUAAGAGACUGUUUCCUUUCUAGGUAAUUGGCAGCUGCUCCAAAUAGUCCUUAGCUAAGGUGGCUGUACAGUAGAUGGGAAUCCCAGUGUUCAGUCCUGGCCUUCUGAAAUAGAGACAGAUCUUUCUUUUGAGGCUCAGUCCACUUCAUCAGAUUUGCCCCCUUCUUGCCUCCUUGAUUAAGGACAAAUGGUCCUUGCAUAUGGUGUGCAGUCCCAAGCUGGUAUAUGUGCCAGUCUUAUUACCUCAUUGUGUCUAUAGCCAUGUUUGCUGCUGACUGGAGCAAAAGGGCCUUGACACAUCUUCCUUCAUUGUUGAUAUUUCACCAGAGUAGCUUGUAUUUCCCAUAAACACUACACAGCUGAAAGUGGAGAAUAUUUAAUCUACAAUAAUUAAAGCUUCACAGCUUCCAGGAUAAGUCACACUUUUCUUUGGUCUUUCAUUUCCAAGUUAUGUGAACAUAUUGGUGACCUUGUCACCCAGGUACUGAAUGAAAAUAUAUGGGUGACUGACUGAGAACCACUUAUCUUUGGAAUGGUCUGCAGUUGUCACUAAUUGUUCUUAGUAAAGCCAGUAACUCAGCCUUUAGUCUUGUUAAGAUACUUUAAUCAAGUCUCUAGCAGAAAGCAUAUCCAGUUAGCAAGGGAAGGACGCUGUAUAGCCAGUGGCUUACAGCAGUUAUUUCCAUUCAGUAUAUGGCAUCUUAAGCCCCAGUCAGAUCAAAGGAAUAACCUCCUCUCCCUGUCUCACUCCUCGCUAAGCUACAGCUUCCUUGGUACCUCUGCCCACAAUACCUACUAGGCUUGUAUCCUGCCCCGGUACCUAUAGCUGAAGAAGUGUUGGGGAGACCUCCAUUCUGAUUGCAGACAUGGGGAGCUGUGCCUCCUCAGUCUGAGACUAAAAGUGAAAUGGAUUCUAGUUUUGCAAGGCAGUUAGUAACCUAAAAAUAUUCACUUUUGAGGAAAGUUCCUAACUUGUUUCCAUGGAGUGAUGCUUUUGUGUGUGUUCCUCUCCUAGUUUGUGGCUAGAAAAAACUAAAACCUCACCAGAGGGGGGAAAAAACUAUAUUUGGCAAAGUG